AACACAAAGCUUGUUAGAUAUAAAUCAAGAUAAUAGGCUUGUAUUGAAGCAGAGGGCAAACACCAGUUGUGAUCAGGGGCUUUCACAUGCCAAUUAGCUCACAAAAACACUCAAUACUAGGAGGAGUGAAAUGAGCAAAGGCUGAACCUUUACAGUUCAGUCUCAGCUGGACUUUAAACCUCAUUCACAGUUGAAGUGAUUUAAGUAAGGCAGAGAUAUGUGUUUAAAUGUGGGUUGUAUCUCACUUUGCACAGAUAAGUCGAGGACUGGUGUCUAUCAUUUUAAGGUGAACCUGAGGAUAAAGUCCAGCUCUAGCUGGGCACGGGCACUGCAAUUCAGUGAACUCUCAAUCCGAACUCAGCUGUCGGCCGUUGUGUUUGUGUUUCUGCUGCAUGUCAUUCGAUCAGAGGAGACAAAUACAGAGUGGGAGACGAUUCUGGUGCAGACAACACAUUUCUACACUGUGUUUUAGGACACAGGUGGCUCUAUUUAAUGUAAGCGCUUUGAUUUUAUAUUUCUUCAGCACAGUUUUGUAUUAGGAGGUGGCCGGGGAGAGGGAGGUCUGGGCUUGUCUGCUUAGGCUGCUGCCCCUGAGACCCGGCCUGGAUACGCGGAGGAAAAUAGACAGAUGAAGUUUUGUAUUAGGGUUACAUCAGCUCAUAUCACUAAAAAAAUGCUGUUGGUUUGAUCACAGAAAAAGUAAAGGAUGAAGUAUUUGAGAUGCCUGUCGCCAGCAGUGGUUUUGCUGCUGCUUAGUGUGACUGGACUUGACAUGGAGCAUCUCCAAGCUGAAAACCUGAAUCUCCUUUCACCAGAUGAGCAUAAAUUGGUCCUGAACCGUGGAAUGAGAGUGCUGCCCAGAGACUGCUAUGAAAUGCUGAUGGCCUCUUCAGGCCAGGCCAGAGACGGAGUGUACCUGAUCCAACCAGGGGACUCCCCCAUUGUGGCCUACUGUGCCAUGCAGGAGGGAGGCUGGACAGUGGUGCAGCACAUUACUGUGAAUAGCAGUGUGAAUUUUGAUCGCACUUGGGCUGAAUAUAAGAAAGGCUUUGGUUUUAUCACUGGAGAUCAUUGGCUUGGCAAUGACUACCUUCAUCAGCUUACCCGUGGGCCUGCACGCUAUAAACUAGGAAUAAAACUUGUGGACCGAGAUGCUGUCACAAAGAUGGGAGAGUAUGAUCCAUUCCUGGUGGAGGAUGAAGCAUCAGCUUAUAGACUGAGACUGGGGUUGUUUGAGGGAACAACCGUAGACGCUCUGACGCUGGAUACAGAGAACUAUCUCCAUGACAACCAGAAAUUCACCACUAAAGACAGAGACAAUGAUAACUACUUCCAGAACUGUGCCAAACUGGAGUUUCAAGGGGUGCCGGGAGGAGGCUGGUGGUACGACGCCUGCGCCGGUGCCAAUCUGAAUCGCAGAAAUGUCAUCUACUGGCAAAAAGACUGCAACAAGGAGCGGCUGUGCAAGUAUGCAUGGAUGAUGGUGAGACCUUCUGACACAGUGAAACUGAUUCAGAGUGGAGACUGCAAGAAGGAUGAGCUAUAAGGACAUCAUUCUCAGGAUUUGUGCCAGAUUUGAGUUUUUGUCAUU